AUGGCACUAUCACAACAAAACACUCAUCCUAUUACCACCACCUCUUCCCUAUCACUUCCUAAACUCUGUAAAAAGAUCGAUACCCAUAAAAUAGAAAACCUUGUUGAGUAUUCUUAUGUUCCAGAAGAUGCUCAAAUUUCCGAAACAGUACCUCCCCUUUUAAGCCCUUAUAAUAUCUUCAAAAAACAAAGAACAAUUACCAGAUCCAUCAGAAACCUAAUCUCUACCAAUCGCCCUCAUAUGAAAGAAUACGUCCAGUCAUCUCGACUAGAUCAAUGUAGUUUGAGAGCAACAAACCAAGAGCAGUAUGUGGAUUUAGAGAUUCCUCAGAGUCUCAUAAAUCACUGGAAAUCUGAAGGAUACACAGCUUUACAUUUUGGAGCAGUUAGACUCAUCCUCUCUCUCCAUGGAAGGAAAAAUCAGCCUGUCUUCUGCAAAAUAGCUCUCCUGGAUUCGAGCUAUCUCCAUUAUGAAAAUGCUGUCAUAGGGACUGUUCUGACCUCACUUCAUGCGGGAAGCGUUGUUCUUACUGUUUUUCCAAAUUAUAAUGUAAGCCUCAACGACAUCACCCUAUCUACAAGACUAAAGGUCCAAGUCCAAAUCAUUGGAUCUGACCAAGUUCCAGAGGCCAUGUCUGCUACUCUCCAUCACCAAAUAAUCUAUCGCCUACAAAAUCAUUCGAUAGAUUUGCCUCUCACGGGAUGUUCUUCUGAUUCUCUGUUAGUAGUUACUAAUAGAGAAGAAGAUAUACCCUCUAUUGUUCAGAUUCCAAGAAAGAUCACGAGGGAAGAACUAACUCAGUUAAUUCCUCUUGAGUGGAUAACAAACUAUGAAAAAAUCCAUCAAGAUAGAAGACAAAUACAAUCUCAAGAGGCCACCUUUAGAAGAUCUGUUGACAAAACGGUCAAAACAAUUUUCAAAAAACCAGAUGAAGGACCGAGUUCAAUUCCUCCUAUUUUCCAGACCAUGAUGAUCCGACCGAUUCUCAAAGAAGAUUGGUGCCCAAUUCAUGCUGUAACUAGUAAAGGAGAACCUAUCUACACUGACAAGAUAAAUGGUCAUUUUAUUUGGGACAUAGAUCCCAAUAAAUGUGAUCCAGGAUGUGAAUGUUGGAUGCAUGAUAAUGAUUAUGACAGAGAUAUUAUCCUUCCAAAAAGGAAAAACAACGGGGCGUGCAAACUAUCUCCCCCUCCACAAAGAAGAUAUGAUCCCGAUAACGGUCCAUGGGUAGGUAUCCAUGAUAAAAAGAAACCUCUUCCUAUUUAUGAGGAAGCUCUCAAGAUCCUCAGGAAAGAAAAACCGUUGCCACCAAAUGAUCCUACUCUGGUUACGUGGUCACCGUCAGACUACUGCAAAGUUUUGGACCCUCCAAAAAAUGUGGAGUUAAUCCCUUGCUUUAUGUACUCAACUACCGCACCAGAAUAUAGCCAACAAUUUCCCGCUCUAGAAAUGAAGAUGGACCCAAUCACUGGUAGAACAUCCAAACCCUUCAUUCAUCCUAAUGAAGUACAACCCGAUGGAAAACUCAAACCUUUAACUCAGGCUGAAGAAGUUCUAAACUGGCAAUCAGAAAACAUGAUUUCUCAAAAUGAUAUCCUCCAAAAUCUCGACAAAAAAGUGGACAAGAUUGCUGAGAGAAUAGACGAGACAGAUGAUUAUCUCAAGGUUCUAUCACAGAAAAUGCAGAAGCAUUACAGAAGCUUAAAGGCCCAGGUGUCUCAGCUGGAUCAUGAUUUGCGACAGAUGUUAGAAGAGAGAACUUUUGGCAAAAAUUUUGACCAAAAGGAAAGAGAAAUCAGAAACCUACAAGGCCAAGUAAAAGAAAUAGAUGAUUUCUUAAGAGCUUCACACGAAAGAAAGCCCAAGCCUGUUGAAAACCUUUUCCUUGACCCUCCUACUUUCCCUACAUAUUUCAAACGACCAGAAAGACCUUCUCCCUUCUUCCCUACCUAUGUUACUUCACCACCAGAUCAGGUCAAAUACAUACCUACAGCUUACAGACCAAAAUCUACCAGAACUACCGUUACCUCAACCUCCAAGAAAAAAGGAAAGCCUGCCUGUUUAAGCGCUUCAUCCUCAGAAUCUCAGGAUUUUCCUGAAACACCUCCUCCAAAAUUCCAAAAAGAAGAAGAAAUUCCUGAUAAAGGUUUCCAAGCCAUGGCAAUCACUGGAAAUUGUGAAUUUCCCCAGAAAAGUUACUCUCUUGCUGAAUCAUCGGCACAAAAAGAAGACGAGUCCUCCUCGGAUGAUGAAAAAGACUCCUGUCAAGAAACGUCUAGUGAUGAAACACCAAGAUCCUUUUCAUCAGAAUCACAAUCUGAAGUAAACUACAUCCCAAGACUCUUCAUGGCAAAUAUAAAAGAGGAAGAUUCAUUUUUUGAAGAAUCUCCUGAAGAAACUCUAGUCCCUGAAAGGACUAAACCAAAUGGUGGUCCUUGGUUCACAUUUGAUGAUAUACCGCCUAGUCGUUGGAGAAAGAGACUACUUGAAUUCGGAGCAUGGCUUGAUACCCAAAUGAUGAAAACAAAUGCAGAUAGCUAUAAGGUCAUUGAAGAAUUUUGCUGUAGAAUGACAGGCACAAUGAAGGAAUGGUAUCACAAUCUUGGGGCUUUCAAACAAGAUGAGUUACACCGUUUAGAAAGCACAGCCAAUAUCCUUGGUGUACUCCACCAGGAUUUUAUCGGAGAUAUGGAUAUGUUUGAUAGAAAAAAUAGGCAAGAAUUCUUUGAGAUGAAGUGUUGUUCCCUAAAAACAAAAGACCUCGACAAACACUAUCACAGGAUGGCACAAAGGUUUUAUCUCCUCAAUGGGUAA